AUGCCGCCCACACAAAAGUCGGCCUCGUCCGCCUCAGAAUCAAGACAUCACGGCAACUCUUCAGGCUCAACGAUGAAGAAGAGCUCUGCCGCCCGAUCCCAGCGACCUUCGACCCAUGGAAACUCCAAAGCUGCUCGGAGUCAGAGCAAGCAACCCUCUUCCUCCUCUGCCACCUUUGCCUCUGUUGUCGCCUCAACAGUCACCGUAGCCGGUGGUGCCUUGACGAGCUCAGGAGCAGCUGCAGGAGGAGACGCCCACUCGGAGAGCGAGGAUUCUUACAUUGCAGGAGGUGGUUUUCUCUCUGAAAUGGAUGAGCAUGACUCAGCUUUUGACGGAGCGAUGGAGUACGAUGAGGAGGAUGGUCGGAGCCUGCUUGGAGAUGACUUUGACGCCUCGUCCGAUGCGCCCGAAGUGCGUGAGAGUACUGUAGAAAAACGUAGACGCGAAUUCCAAGAACGGCUCAUCAAACUGGAACUGGAGUUUGAAGAAAACAAGCAAACCAUCUAUAACUACCAGAUGGCUAGAUACAAGGAGGAGAUGGAUGCCAUCCUCAACGGCGCACAUCCUGACUUUCAUGAUCAGCUGGAGGAUUUGGCGGACGCACGGAAUGUGGCGAUUGCAAACGCACGAUUGUAUCGGGACUACCAAUUUGAAUGCGCACAGGGGGCAUACGAACUGGAGACGGAAAUGGCAGAGGAGGAAUAUAUGAACGAACGCGAGGGUCUGAGGGAGAAGAUGUUAGCGGUCAUUGACAGCAAGCGACGAGCUUUGAGAGACGACAAGGAGAACCUCGACAUCACAAAUGACUUUGCUCUGGAGCCGACAUCACGAGCUCACCAGACCCGCAAGCUCAGGAAGCGCGGAGCAGACAAUGAUGUUGGAGCCAAGAACUCCAAGAAGAAGGCUAGUCAGCCGCCUGCCGCCAAAUGGCUUGCCGUCGAUGCCGAUGCACUGGAUGAUCUUGGCUUGAUGCGCAGGGCUGUUUCAACUGGAUUCACCACCAAGAAGACGACAGCUGUCAAGAAGAAGUAG